UAGCUCAGAGAUGAGAAAGAAAAUCCGAGGGCAGUACAAUCUGUUCCAUCUGUUAUGAUAUGGCUAUAGAUAGACAGACAGGUAGAUAUUUAUGUACGGAUGUAUUAAUGUAUUAAAACGCACGACGGUAUUUAUAACCAAGUACAGUCUAAUAUACACAGAGGCAGCGGCAGGCUAGGGUUAUAUAUUUUAUUAUAAUAGACUCUCCUCUCUCUCUCCUCCUCCUCUCUCUCCUCUCCUCUCUCUCUCCCGGUUUCGUGUUAAUAUAAUACAAGCUGAAUGCAGCCGGUCGCAAUGCUGGAGCUGCUAGCUGCGGGCUCGGUGUUUUUCCCCGGACUUUACCUUAUUUUUAAGCGGUGCCUGAAGCAGGUGCCGACCUUACAGUGGGACGAGGGGGGUGCUGUCACAGUCUCUGCAAGGUUGGUAUCAUCGAUUCAAGCCAUUAUGGCUUCCACUGCCGGUUACAUCAUUGCUUCCUCCUGUCAUGAUGUCAUCGAUGACGAACACUGGCUCACCAGCUCUUACAUCCUCUUCGCUGUUCCUUACUUUGUCUAUGAUAUCUACGCCAUGUUCCUGUGCCACUGCCACAAGCUGCAGGUCAAGGGUCACGAGGGGUCGGGCGUCGGCUGCCUGCUGCUCAGCUACCUGCGCAAGGAGUUCCUGAUGGUGCUGCAUCACGUCGUCAUGGUGACCGUCUGCUUCCCCGUCUCCGUGUUCUGGAGGCAGGGGAAGGGAGAUUUCUUCCAGGGCUGCAUGCUGAUGGCUGAGCUGAGCACCCCCUCUGUGUGCCUGGGCAAGAUCCUGAUCCAGUAUAAGAAGCAGCACACUCUCCUUCACAAAGUGAACGGGGUCGUGAUGCUCCUCACGUUUUUCUGUUUUCGGAUCCUGCUGUUCCCCUACAUGUAUGUGAGGUACGCCUGGCACAUGGGCCUGCGCCCCCACAGCGUUCCCCUAGCCAUCCCCCUGCACUACCACCUGGGGGCCGCCCUGCUCAUCGCCCCCCAGGUCUACUGGUUCACUCUGAUCUGCAGGGGCGCCUUCCGCCUCUUCAGGAGGGGCGCCCCCAAACCCAGGGAGGUGAAAGAGGAGAGAGAGAGGAACGGGCACGCCUCUGGUAAGGGGCAGAGCACCAUGGAGCCGAGCUCAGGGUAGCAGAAUGGGAAAUGAAAUUCAUAGAGAAAGAAAUAGAUAUUGAAUCUCUCUCUCCAUCUGUGUGUGUGUGUGUAUAAAUUCAAUGCAUUUAAAAAACUGAAUCUAGCACCACCCCCCCCACACACACACACACACACACACACACAUAUAGUA